AUUUUUUUAAUAUGACAAUGCAACAAAAUAUCUGCAAUAUAAAACUCAUACACAUACAUUUUAAUCCACCAAAAACAAUCACAGCCUCCAACGCUGACCUGAAUAACAGAAGGGUUACAAAUGCUAAACUUUUUUAAUCUGUUGCAAUUCAUUGCAAGGGAAUUUAAGAUUCCCUUUUUUCAGCUUCCCAUUAUAAAAAAUGAAGACAAACUAAAUAUUUCAGUAUCCUCGCAGUUUGCAAACAUCAACUUCUAAAAAAAAAUAAAAGUAACACCUUGCAUCAUACACUCAAGGCUGCGCUGCUGGAGAUCAAGCUUUAAUGCAUAACUCAAAGCAAAUACCCACACUACAUUUGCCUGGGGCGAAUUUGCAUUCUGUUGAAGUAACACCUUCAUAUGUGGGAGGUUUUGGCAAAUGUCCUGGAUUAUGAACUGUCUCUUAGCUGCAUAUGAAUCAGCACAUAACUGCAAGGAAGAAAGAGAAGGAAGGAGGGAGUGAGUUUUUUCCUACAAGAGACAAAUAUACAAGAGCGGCUGCAGAUUCAGUCGGAGUUGGUCAAGCAGGAGACUUUCACGUCUGAGCAGUGACAGCAAGAGCUGGGAGUUGGAUUUUUGACACCUCCGGAAUAAAGGAGCAUUCGGAGAAAGUGAGGAGCAAAAAUGAAUCAAACGGCGUCCGUGUCUCAUCAGAUCGAGUGUCAGCCAGUGAAAGACUCAAAGGAUUUUGUGGAUGUCAGCCCUCCACAGAGGAACUGGAAGGGCAUCGCCAUCUCGCUGCUGGUGAUCGUGGUGGUCUGCUCUCUCAUCACUAUGUCGGUUGUCGUCCUCACACCUGUGGAGGUCAAUGGCAGCAGCAAGUCCAGCCUGACUGUGGCAGAUCUGUGGAAGCCAGAGUUUAGAGUUCAUGACCCUGACGUCAUUUGGGUCAGUGACGUGGAGGUGGUGUACAGAAACCAACAGGGUCAUGUCAUCAAGUUCAACUUCAUGCUGAAUGAGACAGACGUCCUUCUGAGCAACAGCACAUUUCAAGCUUUUAAGGUGGUCAAGUACUCGCUGUCAGCCGAUCUGAAGUACGCACUCUUCGCUUACGAUGUCAAGCAGAUGUACAGAUAUUCAUAUACAGCGUCUUACAUUGUUUACAACAUCUACACGAGGGAAGUCUGGGAGCUGAACCCCCCGGAGGUUCAGAAUGCGGUCCUUCAGCACGCAGCAUGGGGAAGACAAGGACAGCAGCUGAUUUACAUCUUUGAGAACAAUAUCUACUACCAGUCCGAUGUGAGGAGCGUUUCCCUGAGAAUCACCUCCUCUGGGAUUGAUGGAGUCAUCUUCAACGGCCUGACUGACUGGCUCUACGAAGAGGAGGUUCUGCAGUCACACUUGGCUCACUGGUGGUCGCCGGACGGAGAGCGAUUGGCUUUCCUCACUAUCAACGACACUCAGGUGCCCAGCAUGGCUCUGCCACAGUUCACUGGCAGCACCUACCCUCGAGGACUUCACUACCCAUAUCCUAUGGCCGGUCAGAAGAACCCCGUGGUCAAGUUGUCGGUGGUCAACCUGAUUGGAGCUACACACACUCAGGAGCUGCAGCCUCCUGAUCAGUUCAGAAACAGAGAUUUCUAUGUGACCAUGGUAAAAUGGAUCAGUAAUACUCACCUGGCAGUGCGUUGGGUCAACAGACUCCAAAACGUUUCACUACUGACAGUCUGUGACUCCACCUUAGGAGUCUGUCCUCAAAAACACGAGGAGUCCUCAGAGACUUGGCUUUCCAGACAGAGUCAGGAGCCGCUGUUCUCUAAAGACGGGAGCAGGUUUUUCCUCGCUCUGCCUGUGAAACAAGGAGGUCAGGGAGACUUCAACCACAUCACCAUGUUCACCAAGAAGUCACGGAGCAACCAGAACGAAGUGCGUCACCUCACGUCAGGAAACUGGGAAGUGACAAGAAUUUUAGCUUACGACGAGGACAACCAGAUUGUUUACUUUCUGAGCACAGAGGAAUCUGCACAACAGAGACAUUUAUUCAGUGUGUCUACUCUCGGCCUGUUUCCGCGGAGGUGUCUCACUUGUGGACUGAGAGAGGAUUGUACCUUCUUUGAUGCGGACGUCCAUCCCGAUGCGCAGCAUGCCAUACUGCGCUGUAAAGGUCCUGGAGUUCCAGCUGUGCUGCUCUUAAGUCUUGAUGAUGUGGAAUCAUAUUUCAUUUUGGACGAAAACCUGCCUCUGCUGGCAGCGCUGCAGACCAAGAGGAGGACUCACAGUGAAAUCAGGACGAUCACUAAUGACAACAAUGAGCUUCCUUUGAAGCUCAUCCUUCCUCCCGACUUCUCUGAGUCCUUCCUCUACGGCCUUCUCCUUAUUGUUGACAGUUCACCAGGAGACCAGACGGUGACGGAGGAGUUCUUUUUGGACUGGGACUCAGUGCUUGUCGGAGCUGAUCAGGUCAUCGUGGCGAGGGUUGACGGCAGAGGGUCAGGAUUAAGAGGACAAAGGGUAUUAGAGCAGAUCCAUCAGAGGCUCGGCACGGUCGACACAGACGACCAAAUAGCAGCUCUUGAAUACCUGUUGAAGCUGCCAUUUAUCGAUCACACUCGCGUUGGCGUCUAUGGAAAGGACUAUGGUGGCUUCCUGACACUGAUGAUGCUGAAGUCAACAGAGCGGCUGAUCAGGUGCGCCGCCGCUCAGACCCCUAUCGUUGACUGGUCCAUGUACGCGUCAGCCUUUUCAGAGAGAUACCUGGGCUUUCCUUCAGCAGAGAAUAACAGAUACCAGGCAUCGAGAGUCCUGACCAACUUGAAGGGUCUUCAGGGAGGAACCCUGUUUCUGACUCAUGGCACAGCAGAUGCUAACGUCCACUUCCAACAUUCAGCAGAGCUCAUCAAACAUCUGAUAAAGAUUGGAGCCAACUACACGAUGCAGAUUUAUCCAGACGAGGGACACUUUUUGUCGGAACGAAGCCGCAUUCAGCUCACUCACUCCCUGGUUGGAUAUUUUAGAGGAUGUUUGCUUCACGCAGCAUCUCUACUUGACCAGCAAGGGGAUGAAGACUGAGAGGGUCCCUGGUGAACAGUUUAACAACUGUGUGUGUGUUUAUAAGCUUUUGUGUAUGGGAGUGAGUGUGUGUGUGUGUUUUAUACCUGUAGCACAAAGUCUCUUUGGUUGAAAAAAUCUUUCCAUUUGCUCAUUACUGCAAGGAGUUAGUAUUGUGCUGCAGAUUUCACUGGUAGGGGGCGCUAUAGUGAACACAUAUACAAGUAUAUCUAUAUCUAUCUAUCUAUGUAUAUAUAUUCAGAUAGAUAGAUAGAUCUAUCUAUCUAGACCAUCUAUAUAUAAAUAUAUAUCCAGAGGGUCCUUGGUUUACGGCGUCCUCGACCGAUGGUGUUUUGUGAUUACGUUGCCAUCUCCCAUUCAUUUAUUCGGAGCGUCAUUACAGGUUGAAAAUGUUGCCCUUCAUUAUGAGUCCCAGGCGUAAGUCAGAGUCUUCUGAUGUUUUAUGUAAUAGAUGAUGAUGUCACCACUGUGUUAGUGUAGGUGAGUGACAUAGACACUUAUGUUCAGUAUGUGAGUUCUGACUUGAGUUACGUCACAUCGUAGGACAGGAACUCGGACGCAAGUCAAGGACCACCUUUAUAUACAGUAUAUAUAUUUAUAUACUGUAUAUUUAAUGUUUCAGCUCUUUCUGAUUGUUUUUGAAUUUCGUUUGGUCUCAGUUUAUUUUUGGACAUGACCGUCUCCUGUGUGGCCAGAGUUUCAGCAGCUGGCUCUUAUUGAUUGGCUGAAAAUUUCUCACUGAAAUUGUUUCUUUUCAAGAAGUAGCAGCUGGUUUUAGUUUUCUUUUACUUUCUCUACCCAUUGUCUGAACAAAGGAUCGCUGUCCGUCUGAGACGGCUGGGGAGAAAAUUCAGAACACAGAAAAAAAAAGAAGAAUUAAACCCCAACAUACAGUGGUGUCAUGUAGUGCCUCUAUGGAAUACACACAUAAUCGAUCUGCUGUAGAUAAUACUAGAGUAUAGUUCUCGGGAUAAAAGUACUCUUAUCGAUACAAUCUUCAAUACUCUGUGAAAGAGAGAGAUCAUUUGAACCCUUCCUCCCACAGUGAGGUAAUCUAAAUGUCAAAAUGCUUUAUCAGGGUGAAACAGAUGUUUAAGUACAAGCUACAGGAGAGCAUUAAGGUGUGUGGUGGAUCUGGACAGCCUUAUGAAUCCGUAUGUGCAGACCUGUCUGACUUAUAUCAAAUAUCAUUAUGUCAUCACAUUGAUAAUAAUUUCUAUAAUCCUGUUUUUAAACCUUUAUAGAUCGAUAUUUAUGACAAUAUUGACCAGAACGCUGGUUGAUUUAUUUCAUACCAGUCAAACUUGAUGUGGACAGCGACAGUCAGACAAAUGCACAUAAAUGUUAAAAACGCUAUUUGUAUUAAUAUUAAAUAUGAAUUGGACACUCAGCUCAGCAGUAGAAACGGUUGUGUUUCUGACUUUGGCUUGUGUGUGUGUGUGUGUAUGUAUCUUCUCACAAAUUCUGGUGAUUAUUGUUCUUGUUAUCGUACACCUUAAAGAGUUGAUGGUCUGAUGAAACCAUCAGAUUUGUAGGUUUGAACAACUUUUUAUUUUUUAUUGAAUCUUUUACUUCGGCUCUGUUUAGAUUC